GAUCUCCACCCUACACUGAAUAUAAUUUGGAUAAAUUAAGAUGACUGCAUAGAUAACAUUUUUGAUUUACAUUACAAAUCAAUGUUGUCAGUAUUGUAGCAGUCUUAAUAUUGUUUGCUGUUUUUGGCUGUAAACUUACAUUUAACUUGGUCUUUAGUUUGCUCUGAUGCUGGAAACUUCAAGAAAUUAGUCUGUAUCUGUCCUGCAAUAUGUGGUUUUGUGUUGUGAUCGUGCUGCAUAACAUUUGUCUUUCAUGUGUGGUUCCCUUAUUUGUCUGUACAAAUUCAAAUUUCAAAUGAUUAAGAAAUUAACUCUCCACUAAUUAAAUAAAUUAUUCAAAUAUUCUGCCUUUCAUGUAUUCACUACGUGUAGAAGGAGUCUAAGUGCUAGUUCAGAGAAGGGUAACAUGAAAUUUUACUGGCUCUCAGACAUUUCAAGGUGUUUGGUGGGGUUUCUUACGUAGCUACAUUUGGUGAAAUCUGUAUAAUAAAAGCAGAAGCCAGUGACAUUUCAAAAGAGAAGAAUCCUUAGUGAAAGUACUGUAUUUUAGUGUACUGCAUCAAUACUAAGGAGCCUGUAGGUCUGCUUUCAGGUGUGUGCAGAUCUGCAUUCAGAAGAGUAUAUCUACUCAAGUGUGCUUAAUUCUGUGCUCAGGUGGGUGUGGAUCUGCCUCGGGUGUCUUGAGAUCUCUGUUCAGAAGGGAGUAGAUCUACUCUCAGGUGUGCAUAGUUCUGUGUUGAGGAGGGCAUAGCUCUACUCUCAAGAUGUGUGUAGAUCUACUCUCAGGUGUGUGCAGAGCUGCGUUAAGGUGGGAGUAGAUCUACUCUCAGAUCUAGAUCAGCGCUUGCCCGUUGAACUUCCUGUUCAUACCUGCGUCCUGCCUUUCACAAGUCCACCACAAAGUCGUGCCUUCAAAAAUGGAUACCUCGGCGGAGAGGGGCCGAAUGGACGUGAUUUCCGAACUGUCCAGUCGAGCAAUCCAUGAGUAUGAAGGACUCCAACAAGAGUGUGAGACAUACAAGAUGGAGUGUGAGAGAAUAAAAAAAGAACGAGAUGAGGCAAUGAAGAAACUGAAGGAAUUUCAGACAGUUUCCCACAUGGUGAUUGAAGAGGUCAGCAUCAUUCAGGAUAACUUGGAGAUUGAGAAAUCAUGCCGGCAGAGUGCUGAAGCCCUGGCCUCCAAGCUGAAUCGACAAAACCGCUCCUUAAAGAGGAAGAGCAUGCAGCUCUUGGCUCACCUUGAGCCAGAUGUCAUUGCCAAGAUCAGUCUGAAGGACGAUGAGGAGGAGGACUCUGGCAGGCAGCCUGAGGGUGGCCAAGACGAUGUGCCAUGUUCCUCUGGCCACUGCCAUAAGAUCAUCACAGAACUCAGGAACAAGCUGACAUUGAUGUUGGAGGCAAAGGCACAAGUGGCCAUUGACCUUGAAGAAACCAGAGAAAGACUGCGGGAGGCUAGAGAGGAGCUGCUGAAAGAAAAACAUGAUAAUACCGUUUUGAUUGCCAAGACGAUUCAACAAAAGGAGCUAUUGGCAAAAUACAACAGAGUGUCUCUGCUGGCAGUAGAGGAGUAUGAGGUGAUGCAGGGGAGCCUGGAACUGGAGAAGGACCUAAGGAAGGAGGCUGAGAACUUUGCACGGGAGCUGCUAGUGGAGCAAAAGAAGCUGAAUAGACAGAGCCAGAUCCUGCUGAAGAGUGUAUCACCCAGUCAGGCUCUGCAAGAGGCCCUGGACCAGGUGUCUAAGCUUAGCCGAGCCCUGGAGGUACAGAAUCUGGAUCAUCAGAAACAGAUGAAAGCGAUCCAAGAACAGCUUCAGGGCUCGGAGCUCCAGAAGGAAGUCUUGUCUUUGAGGCGGCAGAUGCAGCUGUUGGAGGAAGAGAAGAGGGGGAUGGAAGAAAGAUGCAUGAAGUCAGAGGUGCAGGUCAAGGAUCUGCGGUUCAGAGUGGAGGAGCUCCAAAAGAAGCUACAAUCAGCAGUUAACCCUAUUCCUGGUCCUCCUCCACCUCCACCUCCUCCCCCACCCCCACCUCCACCACCAGCACCUCCAUCAACCAACCCUCUCAGCUCCCUUCUGUCCAUUCUUCGUAAAAAGAAGCAGACAAGUGAGGACAUUCCUCUCGUUGUCCAGGACUCCUCAGGGACAGAGCCUGGAGAGAAGAAAGUAUCAGACAUCCGGCAGCAGGCAGUGGAUGAGAUGAUGCAGCGGAUCAAAAAAGGGGUCAAUCUGCGACCUGUCCGGCAGCCUUCAAAGAGCACUACCCUGCCACAGGAUGGGAAGAUGCCUCCUGAUUCUGCCGUUCAGGAGCUGAAAGGAAUACUGGAUACUUUCAGGCGGGGGUUGCCCAUGCAAUCUAGAGAGCAAGAACGUGCAGGGCCCACACAGACAGAACUGGAAAAGGCACUACACAGACGACGUUGCAUAGUCGAAACCAAAGUACAGACCCAGCCAGACUCGCAUCUGUCACAGCAGAAGUCAGAUGAGUUGGAGAAGGACCAAGUGAAAACGGAGACACUGGAUAGUGGUAAAACAACCCUGGCCUGAGGCGAAAGGGAUUACCACCACACUUCAGAGUCAGGUGAAACACAGCAUAUAAAUGAUGCUGCAAAGGCCACAGAUACAGACUCACACUUUUCAGUGUUAAUGUUUUCAAUUAACUUCUGCGCACCAUUUACAGUGCAGUAGGUGAUGUUUAAUUGAACAAAUUCAGGUAAUAUGCACCCGUUUAGAUUUAAGUCUAUGGCAGACUGUGCAUUAUGAUGAAUAUAAAACUAGCAACAGUUUACAAAAUGUGCCAAUUUGGUGUCAGCCAAAAUUAAUGCAUGAACUUCCUUUCUUAAGGUCGUAGAUGAGAUUUAAUUUGGUGGGGAAAGAACUCCAAAAUAUCUCCUCAUGGUUAACAAAGCCAAAUACAGAAUGUUUCAGAUUUUUAUUCACAAAUAUGAAAUGUGAAUAUGGACAAGUAAGGAGUAAACUGUAACCUUAACAUUAUAAGUCGCUUUGGAGAAAAGCGUCAGCUAAAUGAAUAAAUGUAAAUGAUCAAGCUUAAACUGGCCAAAUUUACCAGUUCCAGUUGUUAAACCUGUAAUUGUGAAAUAUAGCCAUCAUAAGACUAGUAACAGCAAAAUAAAGA